ACCGCCUUGGGAUCCUAUUCGCUCUCCCUCUCCUUCUCCUUGAUCUCUCCUCCUCCCCUCCCCUCCCCAACCUAAGUUUUUCCCACCCGCCGGCCUCUUCUCCUCUCCAGCACCCAACCAUCUCCCGCAAUUCACCGCGCCGGAGAUGACCUCUACACCCGCGGGCGACGCCCUGCCGGCGCUGCCGCCGAUCAGGACGAGAGCGGCGGCCGCCGAUCCUGCGCCUGACCACGCGUCGGCCUCCACGACGACGGUGCCGGAAGCCGAGGCCCUGCCGGCGCCAGCGGUGGCGGAGGAAGAGGUGGUGGCGGAGUCCCGGACGCCGGCUGCGGUGGCGGACGAGGAGGAGGAGGAGGAGGAGGAGGAGGAGCCCAGGACGCCGACUUCGGAGGAGAGCAAGCUCCGGCCGCCGACCGAGUGCCCCGGUGCGCCGAGGAAGCCCGUGGCUUUGGCCGGGACGAGGCCAUCGCCGAAGCGGCCGCUGCGCUUCUUGGACGUCCCGCGCGACCUCUCCGCCGUCUUCAUGUCGCUGCCGCCCAAGAAGCGGAUCCGCGCUCCGCCGUGCCUGGUCGCCUUCCGCCCGAGGUGCGGGGCCGCGUGGGACCAUGGAUCGGCGCUGUAGCCCCGGCUGGCCGUAAUUUAUGGGCUCCAUGGUGCAAUUGUUCAUUUAUCGGCGAAUUCUUGGAGUUCUUGCGCUGCGUUCCUCUUCCUUCUUUCUUUCUUUCUCUUUCUUGCGGUGGCUUCUUGGUUCCCACGGCCAUGAUAUAGUAGUAUAAUCUCUAGUGCAAAUAAUUAACGCGUUAUUUUGCCUUUUUUCUCUCUGUCAUUCUGAUUUUUAGUGGGUUUGUGUGAAGGAGAAAUUGUACUAGAAUUGAAAAGGUUGCUAUUUACUUAUAUAAUAUAGGGAUGAUGAUUGGGGAAAAGAACAGGAGUUGUAAGAGAAUUCCCUGUUAAUUACCGACUAUUACAGCUAACGGUUCUGAAAAA